CCAAUUUCCUCCUCGCUCAUCUUCUUUGGCAUUUCCUCUUUGUUUCUUGGCGUCAGUACUUUCACAUGAUGUUCCAGGCCAUGAAUGAGCGACCCCGUCAUGGGCCCAGUAGGUGUAGCAUAAUCUCGUACCGUUUUCAAUGAGAAAUUUAAGGUGGUUACUAACCAAACCUUGGGGACAACUUGAACAGAACCCUUUUUCUUUUCCCCUAGUCCGAACUUCGAACCACCAUUAGUCCAGCCCCCUCCAUAACCCGACACCCACUUUUUCUUAUUAUUCUCCAUCUCCUCCUCCCCUCGCUACAAGACGUGCAUAUAAGUUCAAAUCCUCCAUGGUGAUUUGAGCUUGAGGACUAGAGAGAGAGAGGGCUCUGACAGACUUUCCCGUGCGUGAGUCCACUCCCACACAUAAAAAAGAUCACUGAGAUCAAGACAUCUCUCUCUACCUCUGCCUUUGCCUUUGCCAUUGCCAAUGCUGUUCCCCCACUUUGUAGUUUGUACCCUUUCUCUCACCACCCAUUAAAUCCUCCCUCCCCCACUCCCAUCCCCUUCAGUCGGACGGCCCCGAUCACUUCCUUCUCUUGUCCCCUCUCCCCUCUCUCUCUCUCUGCUGCAAAAGCAGAGCACUCUCAUUUGCCUUUCCUCUUAUCUUCUCCCUCGGGGAGAUCAUCUUCAAUUGCCAAUUUCGUGUUCAGAGAAAAUGGGUACUCCGGAUUUGGCUCCAGCUUCCGUGAUCUUGCUCCUCCUAUCGACCCAGCUGUCCCUGCUCUUGCCCGGAGCGAGCGCCGGGACCUACUGGGGAGACGUGGAGGUCCUGAAGCGGCUCAAGAACGCGCUGGACCCCAGCUCGGUGAGCCCCGGCUCGUGCGUCGCCUCCUGGGACUUCGCCGCCGCCGCCGACCCCUGCGACGCCCUCUUCAGCGACAAGUUCACCUGCGGCUUCCGCUGCGACGCCAUCGACGGCUCCGGCGCGAGCCGGCUCACCGAGCUCGCCCUCGACCAGGCCGGCUACUCGGGCCCCCUCGCCUCCGUCUCCUGGGACCUCCCUUACCUCCAGACCCUCGACCUCUCCGGCAACUACUUCGCCGGGCCCAUCCCGGCCUCCCUCUCCAACCUGACGCAGCUGAGCCGGCUCGGCCUGUCCCGCAACUCGCUCUCCGGCCCGAUCCCCGACUCGGUCUCUUCCCUCUCCAGCCUCGGGGAGCUCUACUUGGACGGCAACGCGCUCGAGGGCUCGAUCCCCUCUAGCCUCGGCAACCUCACGAACCUGACCCGGCUCGAGGUCCAGUCCAACAAGCUCUCCGGCGAGCUGCCGGCGGCGCUGAGCUCGCUCGGCAGCCUGCUCUACCUGGAUGCGAGCGACAACGCGAUCUCCGGCGAGCUGCCGCGAGCGCUCCCGCCGUCCCUCGUCCAACUCACGAUGAGGAACAACGCCCUGGAGGGACAGCUAGCCCCCGAGACGUUCCAGCUCGCGAGCUCCCUCCAAGUCCUCGACCUGAGCGGCAACAGGAUCGCCGGCCCGGUCCCCUCCGCCCUCUUCACCCACCCGUCGCUCCAGCAGCUCACGCUCUCCUCCAACGGCUUCGACUCCAUUCAGUCCCCGGCCUCCCUGUUCCCCGAGAGCGAGCUCAUCGCGGUCGACCUGAGCGACAACCGGAUCAUGGGGCUCCUCCCCGCGUUCCUGGCGGGCAUGCCGAGGCUGUCGGCGCUGGCGCUGGAGAACAACGAGUUCUCGGGGAUGAUCCCGACGGAGUACGCGCUGAGGGCGGCGGCGCAGCCGGCGCAGGGGGCGGCGCGGCUGGAGAGGCUAAUGCUGGGCGGGAACUACUUGAUGGGGCCGAUCCCGGGGCCGCUGCUGGGGCUGGGCCAGGGCGGCGGCGGGGGGGAGGAGGAGGAGGUGAGGGUGAGCCUGGCGGGGAACUGCCUGUACAGAUGCCCGGCCCGGUUCUUCUUCUGUCAAGGUGGAGAUCAGAGAUCAGCGGCCGAGUGCAAGAGCUUCUUCGGCCCUGUAAUUCCUUGAACCCGCUCUGUCUACGUGUACGUGACUACGUCGUGGUGGUGGCGGCGAUAAUGCGAGCGUGGAAAAUUGGAUUCAUUUUGAUGGACCGCCUUGGUGGGCCAAAGUGGAGAAUAAGCAAAAAUUCCGGGGCCGAAUUGGUAAUGGUGAGAGGAAAAUAAAGCAAGAAUUAGACUAAAUUAUGGUGAAAAUUAUUAAAUGGUUUUUUGCGAAGAUUGGGGGGUGCGGUAAUGCUGCUGCAAUCAUGAAAGGGGGAGACGCCUUCUCUU